CUACCUUGUAUAAAAUCAGUAGUUUUCAAUAUUAUGGACUUUAGCUCCUGGAGAAAUCUGCAAAGUACUGAGCAGGUACCUCUGAAAAAUCCCACUUAUGUAAACCACUGUAUAGUGUCAUGAAUUUGCUGUUUUUCUUUCAGGACACUGAGGUUGAGCCUAUGAACAAGGAUCUCCUGGUUUGCAGAUGCGGAGGAAGGCAAGCAGAAGGAGCAGCAACCAGUUUGCAAUACUCCAGUCAUGGAAAUAGGCCAAAAAAGGAGGAAGUCCAACGGCAAAGCCAUUCCUCUAGCCUGGUGUGGCCGGAGGUGAUGGAUAUCCAGCUUCCUGGCUGGGUUCCAUGGCUGACACUCAGGGAGAUCACAUGGAUGUGGGUACAGGGAGGGCUCUUCCAGCUUCUCAACUGGAUCCUGCGCUGGGGCUCACCUGGCACCACAGGGGUCCUCCAGAAGCAAAGUAUAAAGAUGAAAUAGGAGAAUCUUCACAGGGUCAUCAGAAGUUCUAAGGGAAAUCCUGACAGACUUGGAUGAAGCAGCACAUGAGGUGAACCGUGAGACCAUGGAGGCGCUUCAGGAAGGCGACAGGCGGGGAGUUCCAGCCUCUGGUGGAAGAAUGGGGGCAUAUUCGUCAGUAGACGAGCCAGGCGCAUCGCUGCAGCUUCAGCAUCUCAGGCCGACAUCAGCAGACGCACCUCAGACAUGGGGAGCUGGAUUCCCCGCUCCAACCCCUCUGAGACCUGGACCCAACAGCCGUCGCCCGUGCCUGCAAAACUGCCUCGCCAGCCACGGGGCCGCCCGCCUCGCCCGCCUCCACCACAGGUCCCAUGGCUGUCCAACUCAGCCAGUCGGGUGCUGCAGGACCAGUACAGCAGCCUCGACUACCCCGAGACAGAGGAACCACCCCCCCGACCCCAAAGCCAGUGCCCCGAUCAAGGGUCUGAGGCAGCUCCACGAGGCUACAGAUUUGGGGUACACCAAAAACACCCCUGUCUUGGUGGGCAGAGACUCCCGGCGCACCCAGCGCUGUUUGCUUGCCUUUAUUUAUUUAAUAAAUUCUAAAAAUCCUA